AUCUAGACGAGCUUCACGUUUCUUUGGAAACGUACUCGACCGCUGCUUGCCCGGCAUCCACUAACUAUAUUUUGGUACUUCAAGAAGGAAAUCGACCCAUCUGUGUCCACCAGUGAACAGUAACUAACAAUAUCAACAGGUUGAGCUCAAAAUGGCGUCCGCGACUACAGCAACUAGCAACAUGCUCUCCUUGCUGAGAGAAUGGGAUAAAGGGUCCAAAUCCGUCCGGGCUCAGAUUCUCCAGGAAUUUGUACUCAACAACCAGAACAAGACCGGGCCAGAGAUCGAAGCUCGCUUUGCUCAAGGUGCAAGUUUAUUCUUGGCAAGGUUGACUGCCUGGCUCCGCCUAACAUAUAUGGUAGGCACAUGUUUAAAUCUUCAGCUUCAGGCCAUGACUAUCUUCCUGUCAGCAUCUAGUGGACACAAGUUUCUUGCAGAGUUCUUAGAGGUAGGUGGUGUGAUGACAGUCCUUGAGAUACUUGGUUUGAAACAAGCCAAGGAAGAAGACAAGACACAAGCUCUUCUCCUUCUCCAGUGCAUCGCCAACUCAGGCAGGAAAUACAAGGAACUCAUCUGCGAGAGUUAUGGUAUUCGAGCUGUUGCUGAAUGCCUGGCUAGGUCCAAGUCAGAAGAGACCCAAGAAUGCGCUCGUAGUCUUCUGCAGAACCUGGCCCAAGGGAAUCCUAAGUUCCAGUCCCAGGUCUAUAAAGGCCUGAUAGCCCUCUUGCCGUGCAGCUCACCUAAGGCUCAGCAGAUGGCUGCACAGACUCUUAGGAUAGUACAGAAAAUCGUUGGUCAUGCCAAUCCUAAUAUUGUGGAACCCACUGUAGCACUUUUGAGGUCCUAUCAUCUAGAAGUACAAUUUGAAGGUACUGAGUUGAUCAAAGACUUGAUGAAUUAUGAGAUCCAGGACCAGCUAUUAACCAACCUUGUAUCAGCGCUCGUCCCAUCCAGAGAAGAGAUCCUCCAAAGACCAGAAAUUCUCGAUGAUCCAAGUGCUCCAGACCUAAAGCGCCCUCUAGCUGUAUUUGUACAACAGGCAUCAGCAUCCAAAGUUAUAGGCAUUUUAGCGAAGGAAUCCCACCAGAAUUGUGAGAAACUGAUUCAACUCAGAGUAGUACACAAUCUCCUUAUAGCAAUGGGUAAUGAGGAUCAUGCAGAUAGCCAGAGACAAGCUAGUAUCACAUUAGAGUACCUUGUCAGUACAUUUCCUAUUGUAGAUGAAAACUGCAGAGAAGCAAUGGGGGACACACUAUAUCAGAUGUUUAUGUCUAACCCUGAGAGUCUAUACAUGGUCAUGAGUCCAGUGCAAGCUGAUGUACUUCGCUCAAAUAAGGUCAACAUACCAGGAAUUGUGGACGGUAUGGAUUAAAGCCAACAAGUGCCUCACAAGAGAUGAUCCAUCCAAGUCAGGAAAGUUAUGCAUCAUGCAUGUUCCAUCUUUAUCAUCAGUUAUGGAUUAUGACAUCACAUCCCAUUGCAUGCUGGGUAUU